AUGGGUAGACCUGCACGUCGUCAACAAUUUUCUGAGCACGAAAACUUUACCAACAGUGAACGUAUGCAUUUAUGUAAUAACUGUCGUAUAAAUGCCUAUAAUCCCACAUGGAAGCGAUUGUGUCCUGAAUGCGGUUCACAGCUCCUUUCAUCAGAACCAACAAAUUUUUGUUGUAAUAACAUGUUACGGCGUACUAUUCCACCUCUUCAUCCCUUGCCACUUAACUUACAAAAUCUUUAUGUAACAAACCCUGAUAAUUUUAGCCAUAAUAGUCAUCAAUACAGUUCAUUAUUUUCUUUCACAGUUCUUGGUUAUACAGGUGGCAUAGUUCACUUACCACAUCCGCAAGCCUUUGCAAUUAAUGGUUUCGCUUAUCAUCGAGUUUAUCCUGCUAAUACGAAGGGGUAUCCAACAAAUUGGUUUGUGUAUGAUGCUGAUGCACGAAAUAGUGUUGCUGAUCAAUGUAAGCUUAACCAAGAAAUAGUUGAUCUUAUCAAGCGAGAAUUGGCUAUUGUUAAUCCAUUCGUCAAAGGUUUAUAUCAACUAUGCGAUGUGGAUUAUCCUCAAGCACGUUUAAUAAUUCAACAACCAACAAAUAAUGCUGAGGUUGCUGCUUGCACAAUCAUUCAUUCAACAUCUGUAAUGCAGGAACGGCGUGUGCAAAUUUGGCGUGUUGGUGAAGAAAAUCCUAUUUAUAUUAUAGAUAUGUUUAGCCAAGCAGAUGAUGAACACUUGCAGUAUAUACGUCAAGAACAAUAUCGGUUUAGAAAAAAAAAUUAUGAUGAUAAUGAAACAGUUCAUGAUGAAGCUGAGUUAUAUCCAAAGAAUAUUUAUUUACCAGCAUUGCACACACUUUUAUAUAGAUGGUCUUACAAAAAAACAAUGGAUGCUUUUGCAGUAAAGCGUGGCUUAUCACACGCUCAUAAAGGUCUGGAUCGAGUAUUGGUAACUGUUCAAAUGGAAGAAAAUAAUGAUACAAUUGAUGAGAUUAAAGAUUAUAUUAAUGCACAUUAUCUAUCUGCUAUGGAAGCAGUUUGGCACAUUUUUAAGUACAAGAUAGCUUCACAAUUACCAUCAGUAACAUAUUUGGUCAAUCAACCAUCAUUACCUCUGAAUACCUACUUAAAAAAAAAGCAAGAAGGUUGUCGACAACAUAUUUUUAAGCUAUACAAACAAAACCAUGUACAUAUAACAAGGAUGAAUAUAAUAUGUCUAUGUGUUGGUGAAAAAUAUUAUCUUCGCCUACUUUUAAGUUGUCGUGCAGCUUGGUCAUUUAAAGAUCUAUGUAUAGUAAAUAAUAUAUUAUACUCUAAUUUUCAAGAUGCUGCACGUGCCUUUGGUUUAUUGAAGGAUAUAAAUAAAAAUGAACAAUGCUUUGCCGAAGCCAUAUUCUAUAAAUGCACUUCAGCACAACUUCGAUUACUUUUUUGUCACCUUAUUUUAGAAGGUAUAGCAGCACAGUCUAUUUGGCAAAACUAUCAUGAAUUAUUAUUAGCAGAUUAUAUUGAUAAGAAAGAUGAUAUACAACAAGGAGAAAAUGAAGCUUUAAUAUAA